AUGGCCACGCGACCCGCACGAGCGUUGGUUCGAUCUGCAUCCUCACUCGAUGGCACUUACGAUCGAUUUCCAAAGCGAGCACGGCAAGCGUCCAACAAGGUCCCACAGCCGAGCCCGUCUCCAAUCUCAGAUCAUGCAACAAGCAGCAGCACUCAGAUUCCUAGGCGUGGCAGAUCAUCCAAGCAGCAAGUAGCGUCGCCUGAAUCACCUGCACGAGAGUCACUGGACAAAGCACCAGAAGGUGUGGUCAGCACGCUCUCCGCCAAUCCAAGUCCUGCCGCCGAUCACGUGUUGAGUGAAGCUAUUGCUCUCAAGGAUGAAGGGGACAGCGAUGUGGAUGACGCUGACUACGAGGCGGAAAGAAUGAAGCGAAUGAAAGAGAAUGCCGAGCUGUUGGCCAGUCUGGGCCUCAAUGUGAGUCGGCGCAUGGCAACUCGGAUCUGCCUCCGCACUGGGCUGUGCGACAUUCCCUUGCGGCACCAGUCAGCCUGAGAUUGUGGGCCUUGGUUGGAAUGAGCUUCUAGCUGACCAGGACCGGGGUCACGCCUUUUGCCAUGCUGCACGUGCUUGUCGCCCACAGAAUGUCGAGAUGGCGCGUCGAAUUCAGAGCACAGAAAAUCCCAAGACGGGUCGUUCAAGCCAUCGAGCGAAAGCGAAUGGCAGAUCUCAAAAGGCGGCAAUGAUCGAGCCGACUCGACGAUCUUCGCGCAAAGUCUCUGCGCCCGCUUACUACGCAGCGGAGCGCGAGUUUAGCGAUGAACGCUCCACAUUGACCCGCGCGGAGAGGGCAAUGCGACGAGCAUCGGGCGGUGCGGGUCGAAAUGGAGAAUCUGUGUCCAUCAGACCCAACUUCAAGCUCAAGUCUCUGCCCGUCAAUCGUCCGGGUCCGAGCAGCUCGUCCACCAGCGUACUCAAAAAGGCCGAGCAGCUCCCAGACGGACCGCCGCCGAAGCGCAAAGGCAAAGUCAUCCAUUUCGAGAAGGGUUACGAGCACUUCACCCCGAAUCUCACACCGCGCGAGAUGCUUGAAGGUGGAAUGUUUGGAGGCGGCCCAUUCAGGUGAAUAAUGAUGCGAGGGCAGAAGCUUCUGAUGUACUACUUGUCCAUCGUCCAUUUGGACUGACACUCUAAAAGUCAUCUUCACGCUUCUCUUAGAAAACAUUUCAGCAGCGUACUCCAUCGCACUCUGGGCAACUCAGAUGCCCAAGAAUUCGAGAUUGACGGCAUACCCAAGGAAAAGCUCUACAACCCGGAUUACGAUCUCGACAAAAAUAGGUUCGGAGUCAAGGCUGGUCAGACUUUGAGCGAUUGGGAGAGAAAUGGAUGGAUCCAUGAGCAGGACCCAAGAGGAUGGUUUCAGGUAAGUGCGGAUCCCCAGUUCGCCGCGAUGACGAGCUGAUGAGCUCGAGCGAUCAUACCCAAAACGCAAUUGCAGUGGUACUUCCGCUUCCAUGCUGGUCGCCGCACAGCUGACGAUGAGAGGCAGAUAUCGCGAUGGUUGGGAGCUGCGGGCCCGAAUGGCAGGUUCAAGAAAAGCCUUGUCGGGAAGGUGAUGGCCUCGAGCGGACGUUGGGACGACGAAGGCGUAUCGCCCGUUGGUGAGUCUGGUUAAAUGGAAUCGAACGGUGACGUUGCACAGCUAGGCUCACAUUGCGGCCUGCUUCGGACGGCGCAAUAGUGCGACAGACGCUGUUUCACUGGGCGUAUCAGCUCACAGAAGAGGAUUACGACAAGUACUCGACGUGA